GUCUGUCAGGUCAAAGGCAUCCACCCAAAAGACUCCUCCAUUAGAUGAGGAAAAGAAAGAGUCUAAUGAUGACUGUGUUUCAAGCAGCUCAGGUGAUGAAGGAAGUAAUUUUUCUGAAGAAGAGUUUGUUGUCAGGAAAAAGAAAAAAGGAAAAAUGAGAAGGAUGCAGGUCAAGGACAAUACACUGAAGGAAAAUGAACUGAAAGAAGGAUCUGAAGAAGAGUUUGAGAAAGUACCUUCAUUCUCAGUACCUGAAAUCCAAAAAGAAAGGAAACACAAGAAAGCAAAUAGAAGUAUUUUAUCAAGUUCCAGUUCAAACAGUCCAGAUGUCUCCUCCAAAAGUGCUAUAGCAGGGCACGAUUCCUGGCUGGAAGUAUACAUGGCUAAAGAAAAGAGAUGGAUCUGUGUGGACUGUGUGAGAUGCACAUUGGAUAAGCCCUAUGAUAUCAGCAGCACAGCUUCACAGCCUCUCCUGUAUGUCUUGGCCUUUGACAACAAGGGACACGUCAAAGACAUCACUGCAAGAUAUGCUCCUCAAUGGUUAUCGCAGACACGAAAGAAAAGAGUGAAUGCAGAGUGGUGGCAAGAAACGCUUGAACCCUAUGCAUCCACAAGUAAACAUCUUGAUGAUAGGGAAGACCAAGAAAUUGCAGCUGUAUUGAUGCAAAAACCAUUGCCUACAAGUAUUGGAGAAUACAAAAACCAUCCUCUGUAUGCUCUUCCUCGUCACCUGCUUAAGUUUGAAGCCAUCUACCCUGAAACAUCAGUACCUGUUGGUUACAUACGUCAGGAACCUGUGUAUGCUAGGGAGUGUGUUCAUGUUCUUCAUUCACGAGAUAAUUGGCUAAAGGAAGGCAGAACUAUUCGGUUUGGAGAAACAGCAUACAAAAGAGUCAAAUCCAGAAAGAGAUGGAGGAAACGCAUAGAUAAUUCAGAGGAACUGGACCUGGAGCUUUUUGGACGAUGGCAGACUGAAAUCUAUGUUCCUCCCCCAGCUGUAGAUGGAAAGAUAACUAAAAAUGAAUAUGGUAAUGUUGAGCUCUUCCAGCCAUCCAUGUUGCCUGGUGGCACAGUUCAUCUCAGAGUACCAGCACUGAACAGAGUAGCCAAAAAACUGGGAAUUGACAUUGCUCCAGCUAUGGUGGGCUGGGACCAUCAUUGUGGCUACUCUCAUCCAGUGCUGGAUGGCUGGAUUGUGUGCAAGGAGCACAAAAAGAUUCUCUUGGCUGCAUGGAAGGAAGAUCAGAUAAUCCAGCAACAAAGAGAAGCAGAGAGGCGAGAGAAACGGGUCCUUGCCAACUGGACUACACUUACUCGAGGACUUCUUAUCAAAGAAAGGCUGAAGAAAAAAUUCAACCUGAUGGACAAAAAUGUUGAACUUGAAAAAAUAAAGCAGGCUUCAACUAAGGGUGGAAAAGUUGCGACAGAUGCACAACAUGCUUGGCCUGCUAAGCAACAGCAAAAAACAGAAGAAACAAAUGGCUAACUCAGAGCCAAAACAAUCUCAAUUUUCUGUGGAGACUAUGUAAACUCUACCAUUCCCCUCGUUUCCCCCAAUUAAGGCAGCAAAUAAGGUAAAGUGAUUAUAUCUCUAAACGUGAAUGCCUUUUGAAAAUCUAUCAGAAGAUGAUGAAAAGAAUGAUUUCCUUUUGGAAUGAUUUUCUCUUUGGAAGCUGUGGAGAGAACAGUGUAUUUUUAAGUCUUUAUUUGUAAAAGAUUUAAGAUUACAAGCAUGUGUAUCUUGUAAACCUCCAGCUUAAUCACAAUACACUUGCAGUUUUGUUAUGCAUCAAAUAAUAAAACUUGAUGCUCAUCAUC